UAUGGUUUUGGCUGGACGUCUUACAAUUUAUGUUACUGUUACUAUUUUCGAGAUGUACCAAGUGAUAACAAUAGAAGUCGAAGCAGAUCGCGAAGUCGUUCAAAGAAACGUCUUUCUAGACUUAGAAAUGGGAACAAAAGUGUCAGCUGCAGCUACAGCAGAUCAAGGUCUCCUUCAAGAUCUUCCUACAGGUCAAUUUCGAGGUCGAGGUCUAGAACAUACUCUAGAUCCAGAUCUAGAUCGAGAUCUAAAUCACGAUCCCGAUCACAAUCUCGAUACAGGUCAAGAUCCAGAUCUUAUUCUAGAUCUAGAUCACGACGAUCCGAGUCAAAAAGAUCAAGACAUAAAUCUAAAAAACGUCAUAAGACAUCGAAACGAAGAAAGAAGUCAAAGCAUACGAGAAAAAGCUACAAGAGCUCUAAAAGUAAAUCCCGAUCUAGGUCACCCUCUAUUAGGCGUCGGCCACAUUCGCCUUCACAUUUAG